AUGAGCGUCGCCGUCUGCCUCCUCCGGGCAGCCUCCAGGAGCUGCAUUUCGGGAGGCAUCCCCCUGGGAGGCGUCCGGGCCUUCCGCCCGUCUGGGGGUCGGCGGGCCCUUCCCGGGCCUCUGCUGUGGCUCGUCCUGAAGCCUGCACAGAAGCUCCUGGCCAUCCUCGUGGGCAGGGGCGUGAGGAAGUGGUGGCGGGCCCUGCCCGCGGCCCGGCAGCGGCUGGCCAAGGAGCGGCUGCGGAGGUGGAGGCGGAGGGGGCUCCUGGGGGCCGCGGUGCUGGGCGGACUCCUGGCCGCCGUCUACACCGCCCAUCUGCGGCACAAUCCGCUCACCGGCCGCCGGCAGCUCUUCCUCUUCUCCAAGGACCGCUUCAAGGCCCUCUCCCAGAUGGAGUACCAGAUGUGGAAGGAAGAAUUCGGGGCGCAGAUGUUACCCGAGCAGGAUCCCCGCCACGUGAUGGUCCAGAAGGUGGUGAGCCGCCUGGCCCGGGCCAACGGGGACGUCCCCGGCCUCUCCGACUUCAACUGGGUCGUCCACGUGGUGGAGGAGCCCAGCGUGAAUGCCUUCGUCCUCCCGAACGGGCAGGUGUUCGUGUUCACCGGGCUGCUCGACGCCGUGGCCAACGUCCACCAGCUGGGCUUCCUCCUGGGGCACGAGUUGGCCCACGCCGUGCUCGGACACGCGGAGGAGAAGGCCAGCCUGGUCCGCACGGUGGACUUCCUCGCGCUCGUCUUGCUCACGGCCAUCUGGGCCUUGUGCCCACAAGACAGCCUGGCGUUCCUCGGCCAGUGGCUCCAGUCGAAACUGCAAGAGUACAUGUUUGAGCGGCCAUACAGCAGGACGUUGGAAGCGGAAGCCGACAGGGUGGGGCUGCAGCUCGCGGCAAAGGCGUGUGUGGACGUGCGGGCAAGCUCGGUGUUCUGGCAACAGAUGGAGCUGGCGACUGUGCUGCAGGGCGAUGCCCGCCUCCCCCAGUGGCUAUCGACCCACCCAUCCCACGCCAACCGGGCACAACAGCUCGACGGGCUCAUCCCCGAGGCCAUCCACCUCCGGGAGAGCUGCGCGUGCCCCCCGCUGUCCGGGCCGGACCCCCGCCUCGUCUUCAGGCAGAGCGUGAAGCAGCUGCUGGACGCCCCCCAAGGAGCGGGAGCCCGGGAGCCGGGAAGGAGAGGGAAGGAGCUUCCCCCCGCACACAAGCCGGGACGCCCGGAGACCCCGGCUUGGCUCCCCGGAAAUUCGCCGGCGGAAUAAAAAGGAGUCAUCCCUCGGGCCGGGGCCUCCAGUGUCCACCCUGAGGGAAAAAGGAGGCCACGGCCGUCGCCCCCCAACCCCAACCACCACCUCCACCACCUCCGCAAUAAACGGAGAAGC